CCGGGCAAGCGGGAACCAAAUAAACUCAUCUGCUUUAAAAAAUAAAAAUCAAUAAAAAUAAAAUUAUUCUUUUAAAAAUAAAUAAAAAUGGAUAAUUUUCAAAAUCGGGUUAAUUGUUACACUUGCGGUGUUUCUGAUACACCGAUUGUCUCCCUAAAAGUGGAAUAUUCUCACCAGAUAUGUGAAUUGUUGCGAAAGAGUGCCAUUUUUCUACAAAAUUCACAAAUAUCUAAAGAAAUUUCGAGCUGGAAUAAUUGUGAUCACUGUUUAAAAUUAAUUUCUGAAUUGAGUCUCUUAAUUAGAAAACAAACCGAAAUUGUUGAACGGAUUAGGGAAAGGAUUGCGAAAGAUCCGGAAGAAUCGAAAGGUCACGACGACAAGGAUCAGGCCGACAACACAUUUACUUUACAACAAGCUAUUAAGCCCCCACCUCCUAAACGGGCGACAAGUACUUCCGAAACCAUCCCGACGCCCAAAGUCAGAAAACCCCGCGCCCCCCGAAAAUCCCCACUCCCUCCACCCCUACCUUGCCCCACGUGUAACAGACUAUUCCGCGGAAGUAAUGCCACAACUCAGCUUCGUCUCCAUGUCGACCACGUGCACGGAAAAGUACAGAAAAUCAUGUGUCCCUACUGCACCAAUGAUAUCGGUUUUGCCCAUGAACGAUCCUGGCUAGAUCACCUCCUAACCCAACAUGAAACCCUGGCCACGGAAAAACCGUUGUCGUGCCCCACCUGCCCAAAAAAGUUCGCCAUUUCGCAACUGCACGAACGCCACGUGGCAAACCAUGCCAAAUUUGAUCAAACAUAUCCACUUUUCUGCCAAAGUUGCGACAAACGAUUCCAAACUCAAGAUCAGUUGGACCUCCACAGCAAAAAAUCAUGCAUUCUCCUUGAAACCAAGGAAGCAAAAGUUUUUCCGUGUUCUCUCUGCGACGCCAAAUUUCCGAAUCGGGUCAAACUAGCGAUACAUCAGAGAUCACAACAUCCCGAACUCUUGACCUGGAAGUGCGCCACGUGCGGCUCCCUCCAUUUGAGCGAAACUCACCUCGCGACACAUUCUCUCCUUCACGACAAUAAGGAUUCGUAUAACUGCCUCGUCUGCACCAGAGCCUUAUUUAAAUCCAAGGACGACCUAAGUCUACACCUCACGACGUCCCACACCGGCGAAGAAACCAUCCCGUGUGACGUAUCCGGCUGCCCCGCCCUCUUCCCCAACGUGCCGAGCAAGCUACAACACAUGGGCUCCACGCACAACGAGGCCGUCUUCCCGUGUUCCUCGUGCGACGAAAAGUUCGUCACUUUUAACGCGAGGAUCGUGCAUGUCGAGCGAGCCCAUAAGGAUGGCGGCGCCCAAUCUUUUCCCUGCGAGUGGGACGCGUGUGGAAAAUCGUUUAGCACGAGGGCUUCAUUACGCGCGCAUAUCUGUCGCGUGCAUAAGGGGACGCGGCAGAAAACUUGUGAAAUUUGCGGGCAGCAAUUAUCCACCUCGGGAUCUUAUCGGGAUCACUUAAGGGUUCAUAGUGAGGCGAAGGACUUCAUUUGUGAGGUUUGUGGGAGGGCGUUUAGGUGUCAAACUAACUUAACGAAUCACAUGGUCAGCCACGCGGAGGAGAGGCCGUUCAAGUGCGAAGAGUGUGGGAAGGCGUUUGGGAAACGGUAUAUUCUUAAUGAUCAUGUGAGGAAGACUCAUCGUGGGGGGAGGGUGGCCAAGAAAAAAAUGUAGAUUAGGUCGUUACCAAGAUAACGCUGGAGUCGCCAAAAUCGGUAAAAGCAGCACGUUUCUUAGCUCUGGGAAUUUAUUUUAAAAUUCUGAAUUUAUUUUUUUCCCUAAUUUGUUGAGCAAAUAGUUGCCAAUUUUUAAGAAAUCUAUUUACCAUUUUUGGACGAUUUUUGGAUCUCAGGGUUUGGAAGCCUUCAGAAAAAUUGGAACUCUACGCAAAAGCUCAAAAUAAAUUUCCAGACCUGAGAAAUGAUUUGAAAUGUGUGUAGAUUUUACCGGGUUUGGUGAUCAAGUCCUGCGUAUUUAGGCAUGACAAUCUGAGAAAUUUGUGUACUCCAAAAUAUUUUUGGUAUUUUCUGACGAGUUAUUUAAUUCUAAAAAUGUGUAUCCAUACUUUGUUAAAAAUAAAAAUGUAAAACUUGAAAACAUA